AUGCUUGGCAAACGGAAGCGAUUCGAGGACAUGGAUGUCAUUCUCCAGUCUAGGAGCAUCAAGUUCAUUGUUGGUCCGGAGAAGAAGGAAUACACCGUCUACGAAUCCAGCUUCAGCGCCUUAUCACCUCCCCUGCGCGCCCUUCUGACGGGAGGCUUCCAAGAGUCCAAUGAGGGCAAGGUCAUCUGGGACGACACAGACCCCGUUACUUUCGUCCUACUGGUUCAAUACGCCUACGGUGGUGAUUAUUCACUGCCGGAACCCCCAGCCGCGGUCGAAAAAGUAGCGAUCGAUGAGAAAACUGAUGGGAAAGCCGAAGAGAUGACCAAAAAGAAGACUCCUGGUGGAUCAAGCAGACUCGAAGCCUUGUUUCCUACAUCAAUGGGCAUGGACAAUCAAACCCCUACCCGACAACACAGAGGCUCGCAGCAUCUUCUCGCCUACGGCAAGCCUCUUUUCCCUCCCAGCCACAAGGCUGAGAGUAUCGACAUUGAGACUUGGUUUGCCGAGCCUAACCACCCGAAACGUGCCAGGGUUGGGGAAUUUGAAACGACUUACUGGAGUUUCCGACACCUGCGCUCAAUAUGCCAAAAGCACGCCGCGCUGUACUUCCUCGCUGACAAAUACAUCAUUGAAGAUCUCAAGCAUCUCUUCUUGGAUAAAAUUCGUCACUUCCUGCUACAUUGCCGCAGAACUCCGAACUUGAGGAAUGCUGUCAUGGCCUUGGUAAAGCUCGCUUAUGCGGAGACGGUUCCUGGAGAUGGUCUACGGAGCCUGCUUGUACGACACUGCCUCUCCGAUAUGGCCUGGUUCGAUACCAGUAAAUUCAAGGACUUGGUCAGAUGCACACCGGAGUUUGGAGUCGAUCUAUUCUGCGAAAUUCCUAGGUCCCACUGGCGGGAGUCGAGGAAAGGGGAGUUUGAAUGUUGA